UGUAGCAUAUGUUUUGAUUGUUUUUGUGCUUUACUGUUAUAUUCCAUAUAUGGCACAUAUGUUGAAGUGGAACCAGUAUCAGUAUUGAAGCGUAAACAUUGUUCUUCUUUAACUUGUUUGGCUCCUCUUUCCGUUCUACUCAUUGUAACUUGGUCCUACAAUGUUCCUGGUUGUAACUUGGUUCUACAAUGUUCCUUGUCACUGGUUCUACAAUGUUCCUUGUUGUAACUGGUUCUACAAUGUUCCUUGUUGUAACUGGUUCUAUAAUAUUCCUUGCCACUGGUUCUUCAAUGUUCCUUGUUGUAACUGGUUCUACAAUGUUCCUUGUUGUAACUGGUUCUAUAAUAUUCCUUGUAACUGGUUCUACAAUGUUCCUUGUUGUAACUGGUUCUAUAAUAUUCCUUGUCACUGGUUCUACAAUGUUCCUUGUUGUAACUGGUUCUAUAAUAUUCCUUGUAACUGGUUCUACAAUGUUCCUUGUUGUAACUGGUUCUAUAAUAUUCCUUGUAACUGGUUCUACAAUGUUCCUUGUUCUAACUGGUUCUACAAAGUUCCUUGUAGUAACUGAUUCUAUAAUUGUCCUUGUUGUAACUGGUUAUAUAAUUUUCCUUGUUCUAACUGGUUCUACAAUGUUCCUGGUUGUAACUCACUGCAAUGUUCUUUGUUCUAAUUGGUUCUACAAUUUUCCUUGUUGUAGCCAGUUCUACAAUGUUCUAUUCAGCAAUGAAAGAAUAAGUCCAGUUGCUUUGUAUGAAGCCUUAGUUGCACUAGCCAGUGUAUUUUUGUUUUUACAGCAUUCAGGUUCAAGUUUAUGAGUUUGUUUACAUCUGUUUCGCCCCAGUUACUAGCUUCCUGCAAGGCAAAGUGGUACAUUAAUCAUAAAAAACAGUUGUCAAGGUUAAUUAUACCAAUGUUUUGCUAUAGAUCUACAGCAG